CAAGGCAAGUAGCUUUGACGACUGCAGCCAGCCGAUUGCUCGUCAGCAUGACGUUAAAUUCUGGACAAUCUUCAAUCCUGCAAGAUCAUAUCUAACACGACCAGAAGUCGGACUUAGUGGCGCACAUCAGUGUUUCCUAUUUGACACCCCCCUGAUGCUUGAUGGUUUUCACCGUGGGGAUCUGGAUGUUAUCUUUGCUGAGGGAGUAUAAGAUAUGAACGACUUGACAGGAGACUCAUACCCCACAACACGGAAAAUGUCAGAUUCGAACGAGAUCAAAAUUGAAGGCCUCUUGGACAUCAUCAACUCCUCUGCGCGCCAAGCAGUGGCGGAAUACAAGAAAACUGGACAUGGAGUCCCUGGCAUUGACUCAAGUGCCUUUCAUCCCCUAGACCUCGCGACAGACACACUUGCCCUUCGGAAGGCAAUCAGGUUGCUUGAGGGUGCAUGCGAUCAAUUGAACGCAAUACUGGCUCCCCCCCAACACUCGGUAUACAAUUUUGUUCACAAUUAUAAUUGGGCAUGCACGAGCGUCGCCGUGCGAUCACGCAUCGUAGAUGUUCUGGACAAAUACCCGGAUGGUCUUAGCGUGGAUAAGUUGGCUGACGCAGUCAACCUCGAUAAGACCAACCUCGCACGUGUCUUACGAGCUUUGUCCCUCAAGGGUUGCUUCAAAGAGGUUAAGCGAGACGUCUUCGCAAACACCCGACUAUCCUUGAUACUCAAGUCAUCAAGCGACGCUGGGUGCUGUGUGCAAAUUCAUCAAGAGAUCCCAAAAUAUGGCGUAGUUCUCUAUGAGUCUAUGGUGGACAAAGAAUUUGCACGAUCAGAGGGGGUUGACGGGGCACCCCGCGUAUUUGCUUGCAGGAAAGAUGGCUCGGAGGAAGAUUUCUGGAAAAUGUUGAAGGCUGACGAGGAGAGACGCAUUAUAUUCCAAAGAGGCAUGAUGGGCCAUACUGAAGUCUUUGGUUCUAGUGCUUUGCUGCAUCAUUAUCCCUGGGAUAGUGUAUCCUCUGUGGUGGACAUUGCAUCUGGCACUGGAGCGAUUUCUAUCCCCUUGACGAAGAUGUUCCCUCAUCUCAAAAUAACCAAUCAGGAUCUCCCUGAAAUUUUGGUGCAGGCACAACAUGCAUGGGAAACGAAAGCUCCUGAAGCACUAGUCGAAGGACGUGUGGAGCUCGUACCAUUCAAUUUCUUCGAGGAGUCGCCUGUUGUCGGAAAGGAUGUUUACUAUUUGAGAAACAUUCUUCACGAUUGGCCCGACGCCGAUUGUACGACGAUCCUCCGUAGUAUUCGCAAGGCAAUGGAAUCAAACAGCCGAGUGCUAAUUCAUGAUUGUGUGCUCGCCCACACAUUCCAAGAGCCUGACGCAGGAGUCGACGGAUUGAGCACUGCCCCCGAUCCUAUGUUACCGAACUUUGGGGCAGGCAGUCACUCAACAUACCAACAAGAUAUGACGAUGUGGUUUUCCCAUAAUGGCAAGGAGAGAACCUUGGAUGAGGUCAAGAUCAUCGGGGCUAGCGCUGGUCUAGCUCUCACCCGAGUUUAUGAUCUUGUAGGGACGAUGGUCAUGGAGUUUAGAAUCGCUCAAGACUGAUGCUACGAACAAACGUGUGGUCCAUAUUCAUUGUACAACUACUUACAUAAAGAGAAAUUUUCUAUGUUUCUUUGCCGCAACCAAACAAAA